AUGGACCACAUAACCCCUAUCACAGUCCUUAUAUCAGGCAACGGUUCGAAUUUCCAAGCUGUCAUUGAUGCAAUUCACGCCGGAGAGCUCCCUGCAAAAAUUGUCCGUGUAAUAUCUAACCGAAGGGAUGCCUACGGACUCGAAAGAGCCAAAAAUGCCAGUAUCCCCUCCCACUAUCACAAUCUCAUAAAGUACAAAAAGCAGCAUCCGGCAACGGAGACGGGGGUUCAGCAAGCUCGUGAGGAAUAUGAUAAAGAACUGGCAAGAUUGAUUUUGGAAGAUUCUCCUGAGCUUGUGGUGUGUCUAGGGUUUAUGCAUGUUCUCUCCUCCUCAUUCUUGGACCCAAUCAAGGAUGCAAAGGUCAAGGUCAUCAAUUUGCAUCCUGCCUUGCCUGGCGAGUUUACUGGUGCGAAUGCCAUAGAACGUGCCCAUGCCGCUUGGCUGGAAGGAAAGAUUGAUCGUACUGGAGUUAUGAUCCACAAUGUCAUAGCGGAGGUGGACCUGGGACUCCCCAUCCUUGUCAAGGAGAUCCCCUUUAUCAAAGGAGUCGAUGAGGAUAUAAGUGUUCUCAAGCAGAGGAUCCAUGAAGUGGAGUGGAAAGCCGUUGUCGAAGGAGUGGGAAUCGCUAUUCGACAAUUACAACUACAUCUGGACCAGGAUUGUGUCCUUCCAGAAAACGGAGUUAGCAACGGUUCGCAAGGAUGA